AUGUAUCCUAUUAAAUUACAAAUGAUAGGACAUAUAGAAAAUGACGUAGCAUUUAUCAACCCAGCCAACGUAGUGUUCGUCUAUAUGCUUGUAAGAGAACUAGUCGAUGGAGACGAAGCUUCCGAGAGGGAACUUCGUGCAACCGUGUUAACGUGCCUCUAUUUGAGCUACAGUUACAUGGGCAAUGAAAUUAGUUAUCCUUUGAAGCCAUUCCUCGUCGAGGAUAGCAAGGAUAAGUUUUGGGAUAGGUGUCUGUUGAUCGUCAAUCGAUUGAGCUCCGAAAUGCUUGCGGAGCCGACGAGCGUGGCAGCCUAUCUGGAAGUGGCCUCGAACGGAGUCUCGUCGUCUCCGGAGUCGCGGUACCCACCAAGGCGGCUUGACGGAGCUAUACACACUUGUGGGUGCGCAUCUACCCGCACGGCUGCGACGUUACGACGCUCUGACGACGGUCGGCACGACGACGAGGAGCUGCGAUCGCAGCUUGACCCCUCCGCAUCGACUUCGGCCUCAGCCUCGACGUCGACGUUGCAACGCCAGCAAGAAAUUCAGCAACACCAACAGCAACAGCAGCAGCAGCACCAACAACAACAGCAACAACAACAACAACAACAACAACAACAACAACAGCAGCAGCAGCAGCCGCAAAAACAACAUCCGAUUCAUCAGGACAUUAUAAUCCAAGGUGGUCGUUGUCCAUCGUGCGGUCAACGACGAAAAGAGGAGAUUGUUUAUACGAUCGAAGAUUUAGAUGCGAUCGAAGCACCGCCAUUGGAGUCAACGAGAACACCGCCGCCAUCGGCAAGUCGAACCUGCAGCUGCGAGGUCUCCUCGUCGGUUGUCGAUGUAUCCAUUGACGAUGGGGAUCGAGUCGAGCUUCGUAAAUAUCGUAGCGUCGAGGCAAGAUGGGCCAACACGAGUUUCCUCUCACCGGACGACGCGAUCUGGGACUUAAAGAAACAUGCGAGUGAGGGUACUGAGUUCCGUUGGGCUCUUCAUACUUCUAGCACAGACGUUGACUUGGCUAGAAAGACCAAGUGCAGUUGUCACAAUUUAACGCCCGAAGAGAAGAAACCACACGAUGGGGUACAACGAGGUGAUCUUCGAAAGCAUCACAGUGCUGAGACGGACAAGUGGUCGAUUAAACCUGAUUAUUUGGCACCGCCGAUGCACGAUCUUAGAAAACACAGUAGCGACGAUACAAGGAUGGCACGUGAAGCCAGAUGGACUCUUCAGAUACCUGAGGUAUUACCUAAUCCAAAACCUAGAUGUACAUGUCCGAAGGCGAAGACGUUGCCACCUUCUCCGUCGCCCGUCGAGCCACCAAAGCUCGAGGAAGAAAAGUCGGAAGACAGGGUAGAAAAGGAAAUACCAAAAGAGAAGGAACAACCUGAGAGAAGGAUGGUUUAUUCGAAAUCCCUGACACCGGAAGAGGAACCAGUCGCGCCGUCACACGAGAGACCCGAACUGAAGAAACAUGCCAGCGAAGGAUCCAGAUUAAUUAAACAGGAGAAAGUAAAGGAACGGCCGAAAUUGGUACGUUCUGCCCAUCAAACCAAAAGUAUACUCAGUAUAACUGGUAUGUCGAAGAAAUGGGAACAAAAGGAAACUGUUGCGAGUCCAACCGAGGAUAUUAGAAAGCCUCGUGCUAAGUGGGCAAUGAAGACGCACUUUUCGUUGCCAGCCGAAAAGAAAGAAUCGAGAUGGUCGAGAGGUGAUUCAGCUGAUUCAGGUAAAAGUAAGAGUCUAAGAGAAAGACCAAGGUAUAGUAUCCGUAGGAGUAUGUCGCCUGAUCCGGAUCCAAGGCAAAUGACAAGACUGGAGAAUAGGAUCGUACGACGUUUAAUAUCGCCAGAGAUAACGGUGACGAAUGCCAAAUGGGCACCGUACGAGGACGCUUCGCCAUUACCAAAUGUUGGGGUUAAAAAGCGCGAGCAAAAGCAUAUCAGCGAGAUCAAAUGGACACCGUACGAUGGUUCGCCUAGUGAUGCCAGUGGUGGACCAAUCCGAAGACCUACCAUCGAGUCCGAGGAACCAAAAGAUUGGUCUCCCUUUCACAACGUUACACCGACUCAUUGUCCACCUAUGGCAACUAUGCAAACUCGUACAGAGGAAGAAGACUUUCGUUGGCGUUUUCUCAACCAAGUAUCACCCUUCCCAAUUUAUCAGGGUGCCUGGAAGGACGAAUCACCUGAGAAAACACCGAUUAAGAGAGCACCCAGUCCGAUCGAGUCUUCGCCUGUUUGGUCACCCCAGGUACCAACCACACCGGUUAAAAGACAGAGAUCGCAACAGCAACAAUUGUCGGUACAAACAUAUUCCCCGGCUCAACAAAGGAAAAGCAUCGUGAAGGAACGCCGUGGGGCAUCCAAAAAGAAAGCCGCUCUUCGUGCCAGAUCGGAAAGUGGUUAUCAAUUGGAGGAAAGAUUAGCACUGCCGCAACACACGAUAGUUCGUGCCUCGAGCGAAGAGCCAAAAGGUAGACAGAGACCACAGUUGCUAAGAUCAAAAGCCCUUCUCGAAGUUCCAACUACGAUGGACCCUAGCAAAAGGUCAUUAAGCGAGGAGGUACCUCGUAUGCGAUCUCGUGAGUUAGCUCGUGGACCUUAUAGAGCUCGAAGCGAAGAGGUGCCUAAGUACAAAGAUCCUUGGUUCGCCAAUGAGGACGGCGAGGCCACCGAACUUCGGCAAUACGUCACGACGGUCUAACUCUCGAUUCGUUAUCGACGAGAAGCAUUUCUUUCAUUUAUCUCAUUACUCCCAUAUCUCAAUUCCUCAUCGUUUUUUUUUUUUCUUUUUUUCUUUUUUUUUUUUUUUUUUUUUUUUAAUCAAACAAAUAUUUCAUUAAUCUUAAUUUAUCAUACCCUUAUCGUAUUAAACGUAAUCCAUUUCCAUUCGCCUUUCUUCACCGAUAAAGAUUCUACGAUGAGAAUCCUGUGAUAUUUGGAGGAUGGAAAAAUAUUCUCUCUUCUUUUUCCGAUUUAUUUCUUUAUUUUUAUUUUAUUUUCUUCUUUUUAUAUAUUAUAUAUAUAUAUAUUUUUUUUUGUUUUUUUAACGCAACGUACAAUACCGGCAAACGGACGGCAAUGAAAAGAAACUUCAACAAAAGGGACCUUCGAAAUAGGCAUUUUAAACUUCGUUGGCCUACGUGGAGAGGGAUUACGAUCGAGAAAAGAAAUAAAAAAAAAAAAAGAUGAAGAAAAAAGAAUGAAAGAAAGAAAGAGAAGAAAGAAAAGAAGAAAAAAACCAAUAGGAAAAUCAGGAAGAGAUAUUUAAAAGAAGAAAAAAAAAAAAAGAAAAAAAACAAAGAAAUUUACGAUUCUUUCGAUAAAUCAAAGUAAAGCUGCGUACGUCACGUUAAAAUGAGGAGAGAGGGUCAAGUAUCGACGAUACUCUAUCGUCUAUUAUUAUUAUAUUUUAGUCUAAUAAAAAGUGCGACACGUUUACGAAUUGAUCGGACGACGAUCGUAACGUGUAUUUCUUAAGAAAUAAGAACAUUGUCGAAAUUUUACGAUGAAAUAAAAGAAGAGAAAUAUAUUCUUUUCCGUUUCACGUUUGAUCGAGCGCGCAUCAUCAUCGAUAAAUGAUGUCAAACGUCGUCGUCCUCGUCGUCGUCGAAUUUAGAAACCAAUAUCGCACUAUUAUUUCUACGAAGAACGAUAUUAGAAUCGUGUUAGAAGUGAUAUUAGAUAAUGACACAACAACAACUAAAAAAAGAAAACAAAAAAAAAAAAGAAAUGAAAAGAAAAGAUAAGAAAAUAAAAGAAAAGAUAAGAAAAGAUUAAGAAAAAUAAAAAGAAAAUGAAAAUGAAAAAGGAUGGAAAAGGAAAGAAAAGGAAAAAAAAAAAAAACAACAAAAGCAAAUAACAAGAAAAAAGAUGCGAUAGUUAUUUGAACGUUUCAAGUAUAACGCUGUGAACGCGAUUAAAAAAAAAAAAAAAAAAAAGAAAAAAAAGAAAAGAAAUAGAAAA